UGUACAGAAGAAAGCAAAGUUUUGAAGGGUCUCUUUCUCCAUGGCUUUGCUUAAUUCUGUGAAUCUUCUGUUUCUUUCCUCCAUUUUUGUAAGCUUUUAUGGAGUAUUGAGUACCAGUGGCAAUAACAGGGUGCUCAGCCCCGCCGUGUUGGCUCGGCAAAAAGCAGACCAAGUCACCCAUCUUCCAGGGCAGCCGUCGGUGAAGUUCAAGCACUAUGCAGGGUACGUUACUGUCAAUGAAACUCAUGGAAGAGCAUUGUUCUAUUGGUUCUUUGAGGCCACCCAUAAGCCCGAAGAGCAGCCUGUCCUCCUAUGGCUCAAUGGAGCUGCCAAUUUACUGUUUCUUGAAGCUCCUGUUGGAGUUGGAUUUUCUUAUACCAAUACCAGCAGCGAUCUUAGUCAACUUGGUGACAAAAUUGCUGCCAAGGAUUCUUAUAAAUUUCUGGUCAAUUGGUUCCGAAGAUUCCCACAAUUCAAGUCCCAUGAUUUCCACAUUGCUGGAGAAAGCUAUGCAGGACACUACGUUCCACAACUAGCUGAGGCCAUUUUUGACAACAAUAAGAAGGCAAGCAAGGCAGAUUAUAUUAAUCUAAAGGGUUUCAUUGUUGGCAACGCGCUGUUGGAUGAUGAUACAGAUCAGAGAGGCAUGAUAGAUUAUGCAUGGGAUCAUGCUGUGAUCUCUGAUCGCGUCUACCAUAACGUUAAGGUGAACUGCAACUUCAGCAGCCCAAACACAACCGACGCAUGCAAUGCUGCCCUAAAUAAGUAUUUCGGUGUGUACAGAAUCAUAGAUAUGUACAGCUUGUAUGCUCCAACCUGUGUUAAUGGUACCACCAGCACUACUAACAUACAAUUGCCAGCCAUCCAAAGCAUUGCCCCUAAAACGCUUUCCAAAUUCGAUGGAUGGCACAGGAAACCAGCCGGUUAUGACCCUUGUGCAUCGGACUACACUGAGGUUUACAUGAACAGGCCUGAUGUUCAAAAGGCACUUCAUGCCAAUGUUACCAAAAUCCCCUAUCCAUGGACUCAUUGCAGUAAUAACAUCUCACUUUGGGCUGAUUCACCGUUUUCAAUGCUUCCUGUAAUCAAAAAGCUCAUAGAUGGAGGCCUUCGCGCAUGGGUUUUUAGUGGAGAUACCGAUGGGAGAAUUCCAGUAACAUCAACAAGAUAUACAUUGAGAAAACUUGGACUCAAAACAAUUCAAGAAUGGACACCUUGGUAUUACAAACAAGAGGUUGGUGGAUGGACCAUUGAGUAUGAUGGAUUGACGUUUGUAACAAUUAGAGGAGCUGGGCAUCAAGUCCCCACUUUUAAGCCCAAGCAGGCUCUGCAACUGAUCAGGCACUUCUUGGCCAAUCUGAAGCUGCCAACUUCCCCAUUUUAGUUUUAUGUUUUUUGCAAUGUUCAAUCAUUUCCAUUUUUCCAUAAAUGUCUCUUUUGUUUUUGGCAAUUGAUGGCAAAGGAGUGAAUGGCAUUCAUUAUAAAGUUAUAAUUGUUGA